CCUUAAUUAGUUAGAUAUUUUUUGAAAUUUUCUUUUUAUUCGUUAAAUUUAUUUUAUUCUUGAAAUGAUCAAAAUUAUCCCAAUUUUCAUAGUUUCUCUGUCUAUCCUCGGAUUUAUUUUCUGCGAUGGUUCAGGUUCAAGUUCAGCAAGCGGGGAUGACAGAAAAAUGUGCAAAGAUGUAUUGCUUGAUAAAUGCGAAUACAGUACUCACCUUGAAUGGAAAGAAAAUUUGAGAUACGAAAGAUUGAUCGAAAUUAUAGAGGGUAAUUAUGAACCCAAUAGACUUUUGAAGGCAAAUGUAAGGAGUGUGUUAAAAAAUCUUAAAAAUUAUUUCGGCUCCUGUGUUGAAUAUAACAAAAAAAAUGAAACCGAGAAAAAGAUAAUGUUUGUCGAAUUUUUUAAAGAAAAUAACUAUACAUUCUUAACGGCGGAGACCAAUUCAUCUAUGCUUAAUAAAGAAGAAAUAUGGAAGCGGAUAACGGAACUAAAAGUACUUGAACAAACGACAGUACCGAUAGGUAUCUUUUACAAUAUAACUGCUGGGAGAAAGAAAGCCGUUGAGAUUUCUUUUGCGUAUCCAAAUAGUGAUCGUUUAAAUAUCGAUGAUUCUCAAGCUGGAAAUUCUACCGUGAUUAACAGUAUAAUUGAUCAAUAUGCUGAAUGGACUAGAACUUUACAUGCUAUAUUGGGCGGAAAUGAAAGUAGAGGCCAUAAUAUAAAAAUGAUGGCAACAAUUUAUUAUCAAAAUAUUUUGAUAGACAUCCAAAAUCCCACUUUCGAAGAUCGCUCAAUCACGAUCCCCUUAAAGGAUGCAUCUGGAAUACUUCAAAUAACUAACCUUACACAACUUGUUCAAGAUCUAGCCAAAGCCGGCAAUAUAACUUUGCCUGAAAACAUGAAUAUAAAUAUCAGAGACAUGUUAUACGUUAAACUAUUGAACAAUUUCACACAGAAUUUCUCCAAGUCCACGGAAGAUCUUAAAGACCUCCAUGAUUUUUCCAUAUUAAUGUACGCACUUACAUUGGCACCUAGGUUCCUACAAGAAGCUCAAAAUGUAGAAAAAAAGUUAUUCAAAGGAUAUUCCCACUUAGAUUCAGAUGAUAAUCAAAAGAAAUGUCUCAAUAUUAUAUCAGCAUUUGGUCAUAGAAUGUUAGAUUUUUUAUUCUUUUUAAAGCAAAAUAACGAAUUAUUAGACAAGAUCGAAGCAAUUAGUGAAGAUUUGGCGAACAGUUAUAAAAAAUUGGCUCUUAUUAAUAAAAAUACGAAAUUGAUGCCGCUUAAACUUGAUACCUUACCACCAUUCCAAGAAGUUAAAUAUUUUUUUAUAUGCGUUCAUACCAAUCAAUCAACUAUUAGGAGAAAACUUUAUUGA